UCUCCAUACAAACCAAACCCUCUCAUUUCUCUUUUAAUUUAAGCAUUAAUUCAAUACUGAAAAACCCUUGCUCACGUAAUGGAUGCUUACAUCAAGCAAGAAACGCUCGAGCCGGAACGACGACAAGUUAUUUCGUUGAGCAGUAGCAGCAGCAGCGGCGGCAGCGACAGCGACAGCGACGUCGAACUCAACCCCAAUAAGAAGCGCCGAAUGGAAGCGCUCUUGCCGGUCGGCUUUCUCGACCCUAUCCGCCCGCCGCCCGUCCAUGGCUAUGAAUCCGUGGUUAGGGUAAAGCAAGAAAAUGUAAUUGAAAAAGAGAAGCAUGUUACCGAGGUGGCUCCGGUUACCGCGGUGGCUCCGGUUACAACGGUGGCUGUGAUGUCGAGUUGUAAGCAGUUUUGGAAAGCCGGAGACUACGAGGGCUGCGCCAAUGGGGCCAACCUUUACGAUGAGGAAAUGGAUCAUGUUAGGGUUCAUCCAAAAUUCUUGCAUUCAAAUGCAACCAGCCAUAAAUGGGCUUUGGGAGCUUUUGCAGAGCUUCUAGACAAUGCCUUAGACGAGUAUUGCAAUGGAGCUACGUAUGUGGAUGUGGACAUGGUGGAGAACAGGAAGGACAAAACAAAAAUGGUGGUGGUCCAAGACAACGGCGGCGGCAUGACUCCUGAGAAGAUGCGGCAGUGCAUGUCUCUCGGCUACUCGGCCAAAAGCAAAAUCUCCAGCACAAUCGGCCAAUAUGGCAAUGGUUUCAAGACUAGUACGAUGAGGCUGGGGGCGGAUGUCAUCGUCUUCUCCCGCUGUCAGGGGAAGUAUGGCCGAAGCUCUAUGCAGAGCAUUGGCUUGCUAUCCUACACAUUCUUGCGUGGUACUGGCAAAGAAGAUAUAGUUGUUCCAAUGAUUGAUUAUGAGAGGAAUGGAGAAGCAUGGAGUCAGCAUGUGAAAUCUUCCUCCGACUCUUGGCACAGAAACCUUGAAACCAUUGUUGAGUGGUCUCCAUAUGAAACAGAGGGAGAUCUUCUUCAACAGUUCGAUUUCUUGAGCGAGCAAGGAACGCGCAUUGUAAUCUAUAAUCUGUGGGACGACGACUUAGGAUCACCGGAGCUGGAUUUUGAAACCGAUCAACAUGACAUUCAACUGAGAGGCGACGAAAGAAAUGAGAAGAAGAUAAAGAUGGCGAACACGUACUCGAGCUCUGCCCACUUCCUCACUUACCGCCACUCACUCAGAAGCUACGCCUCCAUUCUGUACCGUAGCCUGCCUCGUGGUUUCCGCAUAAUCUUGCGAGGAAAGGAGGUUGAUCAUCACGAUAUAGUCAGCGACCUCAUGAACAGCGAGCGCCAUGUGUAUAGGCCGGCUCCUCGCCCAGACGUGCCUGCAUCAAAAGAUCCUAAUAUGUCAGCAACGGUGACUCUUGGAUUUGUUAAAGAUGCACAUCACCAUAUUGAUAUUCAAGGCUUCAACGUCUACCACAAGAAUCGGCUCAUCAAGCCUUUCUGGAGGGUGUGGAAUGCUGCAGGGAGUGAUGGCAGAGGAGUUAUAGGUGUUUUGGAAGCUAAUUUCAUCGAACCAGCGCACGAUAAGCAAGGAUUUGAGCGCACGGUUGCACUCUCAAGGCUUGAAAACAGACUAGUCCACUUUCAGAAGACUUAUUGGUCUACCAACUGUCAAGUCAUCGGCUACGCUCCAAGGCGCCACCCCAAGAAUUCUGUUUCCCCUGAUAAGACUGCCUCUAGCAGUGUUGAAGUUGAGCAGAGCUCAGCUAAGACUAAGAGAACGCCGCCUGCAAGAGAAGAAUAUCGAUCAUCUGCCAACAGAGUUGGAGUUUCGCAGCCUAAAUCAUCACCACAUGUUAAGAGCAAUGAAGAUGAAGCAGCCUCUGCCUCGAGUUCAAGCAUGCUCUUUCAGUUGAGGCAAGAGAAUGAAGGUUUGAGAGAGAGUUUGAAGAUUAUGCUGGAGGAGAGGCAGUCACUCAAAAAUGAGCUUGAAGAUACGAAGAAGAAGAUGUUUACAAUGGAUAAAGAACAGGAAAUGUUUGUUGCUACUUUCGCGGAAGAAAGAGGUCGACGACAAGAAGAGGAGGACAAUUUGAGAAGAAGAUUAAAGGAUGCUUGUGAAACUAUUCAAGCGUUGCUUAAGAAAGUGAAGAUACUGGAGGCUGGAAGGAGUUGAUUAGCCUUCAAAUUAUUAAUCAUCGUAUGUAAUUACUUAGUUAAUUAGCUAGGAUUCCGUCCCAUAAUUUAGAGUCGUUUGGUAAUUAAGAGAAAAGUCAUCUUCCAAAAUUGUAAAGUUGAUGCAUUUAAAGUCUCUUUCUUGUAAAAGAUCAUUGCUUCAA